AUGGACUCAAAGGUCUGGCAACGAGCUGCUGCAGACUUGAAUCCACCAGGUGUACCCAAUUCAUUUCGACAUGCAAAGAACCAGCAAAAUAUUGCCAGUGUCUUGCUUCGACGUGAGUUUGGUGGUGCUAGACGACAGAAAACAGUACGACCGGUUGGAGAAGAUCGAGAUGAAAACUUUUGGGCUGAGAGUGAAAGCGCUUUUAAACAUGAAAGUCGAUACUUUGAGCUUCCGCAAACGACCAAGUCUACAAUUUCUAUUGCUAUUAGUCCAGACGGAAAAACAUUUGCUUCGACACAUGGAGAUCAUACAGUCAAGAUUAUUUGCAUCGAAACGGGCAAAGUUAUUCAGACGUUGGUGGGUCAUCCACGAACUCCAUGGAGUGUCAAGUUCCAUCCUACAGAUCCUCGCUACGUGGCCUCAGGAUGUCUAGGGUUUCAAGUUCGGUUUUGGGAUAUUGAGACUGGUCGUUGUCUGUAUGUUUCUACGCUUCGCCAUGCUAUCAUCUCAAUUUCCUUUCACCCGUCGGGCGAUAUUUUAGCGAUUGCCAGUGGAACGUGUGUGUACACAUGGGACUACCAGCACACAUGCCCACGCAUUGCAAUGUUUAGUUACCAAACGUUACGCUCUGUUACAUUUUUACCGGAUCCUUCCAAAAUCAUGGUUGGAGAAGCUAACGAGCGCUACGUGAGACCACAAGGUCAAGCUCCACCUUCUGAUCUUACUGUCACACUAACUAUGUGGGACUUUGAUCCGUCAUGGGCACUAUCACCUGAGCCGUUGCUGACGAAGAAAGCGAUGAAUAACAGUCGCGUCAUUCUUUCACACGCUCUCAUUUACAAUGACGGUGGUUUUGACAUUUCACGCUGUGGACAGUACUUGGCUAUCUGUGCUGACUUUUCACUUCGGCAAGCUGAAAAGGAGGUGGAGAUGGAAGCAGAAAAUGAAGCUACGACAGAUUUGGAAACCAUUCUUUCCUCUGUACCAGCAACACAAGAGGCGGCUGGCGGUGGUGCUACAAGUCCCAGUGACGAUGUAAACGACGUUUCUGUAGCAAACCCGCAAGUUACUGCGUCGAAUGAAAGCAGUUCUUCAUCUGGUGCUGCAUCACACACGACGCGAGGAAUCACCGUUGCUCCGCAGACCCUGCCUGUGACAAUGUCGUUGUCUCUCCCAAUCCAUCCACCGCCACCACGGCUUGUGCCUAUUUCUGGCAUGCACGCAGGCGCCCCAAAUAUGUUGGCAGCACUGCAGUCAGCAGCUGCAGAUUUGUCGCUUACUAUGGACCAGUAUAUGAACCAGCAAAUACGACGAGUAAGACCUCGGCUGCAUCCACCGCAUAGUAUUCAGCGUUAUACUGCGGCACUUGAGCCAGCACGAAGUACAGCAGCUCCCGCAGCUAUCCCCCAACAGAGAUAUUCGCAGAUCCGACCCAAUAUCGCUCUUAGUCGGACACGGUUCACUAGGAACCAGCGCAACCGUCGUGGGCGAUUAUCAUCAGAGAACCAGUCAACAUGGCUAGCAUUGAUAUCCCUCGAUCCCGAACAGCUUGGUCGUGUCAUCCAAACUUGCCACUUAGCUGAGACUGCGGCGGGCGGCGUGACUUCAGUGAAAAUCUCGCCAACAUCAGCUUAUGUAUUGCUUGGCUACGGUGUUCGAGACCGUAUACAACGUGAGACGGAGUUCCCAGUCCAUCGUGUGACGCGUAUUUAUCGAUGGGAAGACAUGGCGCUGCUGUCGCACGUUGAAAGUGCAAUGGACGAUGUAAAUAUUGCGCUAUUCAGUCCCAUAUGCGGUGGCGGUUUCUUGUACGGAACGAAGCAGGGCAAACUUCGAGUCUGUAACACGUUCCGUGGCGAGUUUCACGACGAAGAAAAUUGCAAUGUAUUAGAUGGUCCACGUCGGUGCCAUUAUGAUCAAAACGUUAAUGGCGAUGACGAUGACGACGAUGACGAAGACGCUGACUUGGGUGAGGAAGGCGACGAAGAAGAUGAUGACGAAGAUGACGACGAGGAAGGAGCCGAUGAUGAUGAAGAGGAUAUGGAAGGCGAUGAUGACGACAACGAGGGCGACGGAGAGGAAAAUGAAGUUGAGGACGUUGAUAUGGGCGAGUAG